AGGUCUUCAUAUCCCAGAAUAACCAAGCGCCUUUGGAUCCAUGAAGGGAAAGACCUGGCUAUGACCUCUGCCCUGUCCUGGAGGGUCCCGCCUUGGGCUGCAUGGCAGCACCCACCCUGGGCCUUCUGCUACUGACCCACCUGUUGGUGGCCCUCUUUGGCAUGGGCUCGUGGGUUGCCAUCAACGGGAUCUGGGUGAAGCUGCCUGUGGUGGUAAAAGACCUUCCAGAGGGUUGGAGCCUCCCCUCAUACCUCUCUGUGUUUGUGGCACUGGGGAACCUGGGUCUGCUGGUGGUGAUCCUGUGGAAGUGGCUGGCUUCGGGCAAGGGCGAGCGGGUCCUCAUCCAGGUGGUACAAGUGCUGAAUGUGGUGGGCACAGCUCUGCUGGCUCCUCUGUGCCACCACGUGGCUCCGGUGACAGGACAGCUCCACUCUGUGACCUUCCUAACACUGGCCUUGGUGCUGCCGCUGGCCUACUGUGCCUCUAAUGUCACUUUCUUGCCCUUCCUGCCACCUCCCUUCUUACUCUUCCUGGGUCAGGGCCUCAGUGCCCUGCUGCCCUGUGUGCUGGCCCUAGUGCAGGGUGUGGGCCAUCUUGAGUGCCUGCCAACUCCCGCCAAUGGCACCUCUGGGCCCUUCUUCUGGGCACUGGUCACUCUUCUGGUCACUUCAGCUACCGCCUUCCAGGGUCUCCUGCUGCUGUUGCCAUCACCGCCGUCUGUACUCACAGGGGGCCCAGGGCCUGGAUUGCCAGUGGGAACCCCAGGAACAGAGGAGGAGGGGAAAGGGGAAGAGGCCCUGUAGGAGCCAUGGAGCCAGGCGGCAGACACCACCCCUAGCCUAGACCCUGAAGCCCAUUGGCUAUUCUCAGCCCACGGUCCCUGCCUGCGGGGCCUGCUGGCUGUCAUCAGUGCACUGACCCACAGCGUGCUGCCUGCUGUGCAGAGCUUUGCCCGCUUGCCCUAUGGGCGCCUGGUCUACCACCUGGCCAUUGUGCUGAGUAGUGUCGCCAACCCCUUUGCCUGCUUCCUGGCCAUGGGCAUGCUGUGCAGGUCUCUGGCAGUGCUGGGCAGUCUCUCUCUGCUGGGCAUGCUCUUUGGAGCCUACCUGAUGGCACUGGCAAUCCUGAGUCCCUGCCAGCCCCUGGUGUGUACCUCUGCAGGAAUGGUCCCUGUGGUGCUAUCGUGGGUGCUGUGUCUGGGAUACUUAUACGUGAAGGUGGCCACCAACUCCCUGUUGCAUGGUGGGGGAUGGCCAGCAUUGCUGGCAGGUGACGGCCUGCUUGGUGCCAGUGCCAUGUUCCCUCCCACCAGUAUUUACCAUGUGUUCUGCAGCAGAAAGGACUGUGUGGACCUCUGUGGUUCCUGA